AUGUACAUCGCAAAACCGGAGUGAAGUGCAGUAGAAUAAUCAGUGUAGUAUAAAUAUGCAAGUGGACAAUUGGACGGCACAGUGCACUUCGAUUGCUCACUGGAGUACCAACAGCCAUCGAUAUGAACACACAUUUGGCGAUAUCGUGCGUUUUGGCUGCGCUUGCGGUGGCAACAGCGAAUCCACCUCUAGCAUUAUCCUACGCCCCCAUCUCUACUAUUGAGAGAAUUCCAGACCCAAGCUACAAGUUCAACUACGCAGUAAACGACCCAGUGACCGGCGACAACAAAGGCCAAUGGGAGACGAGACAAGGCGACGUAGUGCAAGGCGCUUAUUCUCUGGUCGAGCCUGACGGCAAUAUCAGAGUCGUGGAGUACACGGCCGACCCUCUGAGGGGAUUCAACGCAGUCGUCAAGAGGACCGGACCUAACAUACAUUCUGUCGCGUUGCCCGCUAUCAAACCAAUCACUCCGAUUAUUACAGAUGUCAGACCUGUAGUACACGCGCCGCUCAUAGAAGCAGUCGCCCCGAUAGCGCCCAUCGCUCCAAUCGCCCCAAUCGUCCACGCACCAAUAGUCGAGCCCCUAAUCCAAACGGCACCGAUAAUUGAUCACAUCCCAACACUGGACUAUCUCCCCUGGUUGCCCCUCCCCGCCUCACCCUGGCUCUCCAUCUCGGGCAGUAAAUAUGGACACAAAGGCAAUAUAGUUCGUCGAUGGGCUGUUGGACCCAUCGACAUGCAGGGAAAAACGCUGACUGUCAAAACAAAACAUUAAAAUAAAUGUAUUAAAAUCCUCCUGUUUCACCAAUAUAGACAGGCGACUGUUGUUUGGUGAAACAGGUCGGCGUCUCUUAUUGUAUAGGUAACAUAUGUUACUCAUGGCACUAGUGUGUUCUUGCAUAUUUCCAUUUAUGUCUGUCGUGCAAAAAUACACUUAGGUCUAUAAUAGGAGUUAUUAUUAUGGUAUUAUCCAUAGCAACGAAGUGUACCUGAACUUUAUGUAUUUUAUCGUUGUAAAUAAAUAUUUAUUUAUAAACGAAAUCAAA